GAGACACACAACAGAACAGAGAGACUGCUCCUGCCGCUGGUGCUUCAACAACCUCACCAGUUUCAGUUUUCAGUCUACUAAAAGCCAGACAGUAUUACUUUUGAGCUGGCCCGAGCACGUUGUAGGGACCGAUGCUUUCUCGACCAGACACUAUUUAUACUUAACUUUGCUGUUUAUCUGUUUAUUUAUUAUUAACUAACUGUUUUAUUUAUUUAUAAAUUUGCAUUUCUGCUGAGCAUUACUCUUGGACUUGGUUUUUGUGUUGAGUUAGUGCUGUGUUGUUUACUUUAUUUUGUUGACUGUACUAUAAAUUUUUUAUUUUCAAAUUGUGCUGUGGACCAAGUCUAGUUCAGUGUCUGGAUUAUUGUAAUUGUAAUUAAUUACAAAUACAAUUUAUAAUUAUGACCAUGUGUUGUGUGAGUGCGAUUGGAUUAUAAUCAUCAGACUUUUGGCGGGAGGCUUUUUUAAAAAAAGGUCAAACAGAGGUGAGCGCGAUCAUCAUCAGGUGAAAAUCGCGCUGGAACCAUCCCCUGAGUGGGGGUGGUGGUUAAGGGGUUAGUGCCGGGGCGAUGGUGGCAGCUGCCACAGCUACGGCCAUCGCCACUGCCUGCGUGGUGGCCAUGCAGGACCGCCAGGACAUACCUUCCCAAUUCAAUCAAGGCCAGCAUGGAAUGCCUCAUCAAUCGUACAAUACCGGGUACGGCCAACGCGGAGGACCGAUGGGAGGAAUGGGACCUACGAUAAACAGCUACAACGGAAUGAGCUCGAUGGUACCUGUUCAACCAAUGAAUUCUAUGAAUUCGAUGAAUACUAUGAACGCGAUGAAUGGAGGUAUGAACCCGAUGUCAAUGAACGGGAUGAAUGGGAUGAACGGAAUGAGUCCAAUGAGCCCGAUGAACGGCAUGGGGACCGUCAACAACAACAUGGCGAGCAUGAACUCGAUGAUGCCCAAUGCCAUGCAGAUCAAUAAAAUGAACAUGCAGCAAGCCCAAGCUCAGCAAACGGGAUACCCUCGAAGAUUAGCACCCUACCCCAACCCCCAAAUGCACAUGGUCCAGAAGAGACAGCAGCAAGUUGGAUACGCAAAUGUCCCUCCAAAUCCUAUGCAGCAACAGCAGCCAGGAUUCAACACGAUGCCAAACAACAUCCAGCCGAAUCAAUACCCCCCAACAAACUAUCCGUCAACCCGACCGCCACAAAACUUCCAUCCGCAGUAUCAGCCAAUCCAGGGCAUGGGAAAUCCCAACGGAGGAUUCCCACCCAACCCUAUGAUACGCGGGUCCAAUAUGAGACAGCAAACGCCCAACUACAACCCGGUAGUAUCCCAAUCAAGCAAUCAGUAUUACGGUAGUAACUCGCCAAGUGGAGUUGUAGGUCACCCGUCUCCUGUGGUGAACAUGGGCAAUGGAAUGCCCAACCAUCAACAGCCCCAUCAGCAGCAGUUCAUUCACCAGCAACAGCAACAACCGAAUCCCGCCGGCUACGUCAACACCUCCUAUCCCACGAACGGCCAGUACACGUCUGACGUAUCGAUAAGAGCGUCUGGUGCCGGGAACAUGAACUACCAGCACAGUCCCAUUCCUGGUAACCCCACUCCCCCCUUAACCCCAGCAUCAAACAUGGCGCCCUACAUAAGCCCGAAUUCCGCCGACAUUAAGCCGAACUUCAACGAGCUCAAGUCGACGGUCAUGCCCCAAAAAGACGAAGAACUGAGACUAACAUUCCCCGUGAGGGACGGCAUCAUCCUGCCACCUUUCCGUCUCCAGCACAACCUAGCGGUCAGUAACCACGUGUUUCAUCUAAAAUCGACGGUGCAUCAGACCCUGAUGUGGCGAUCGGAUCUCGAACUGCAGCUGAAAUGCUUCCACCACGAAGACCGACUGAUGAACACCAAUUGGCCGGCUAGUGUUCAAGUGUCGGUUAACGCAACGCCAUUGGUUAUCGACCGGGGGGAAAACAAGAGCUCGCACAAACCUCUUUACCUCAAAGAUGUCUGCCAGGCGGCUAGGAAUACUAUUCAGAUAACCGUGUCAGCUUGUUGUUGUUCGCAUCUGUUUGUCCUGCAAUUAGUUCAUCGGCCAAGCGUAAGAAGCGUGCUGCACGGUUUGCUGCGCAAGCGACUACUGACCGCGGAUCACUGUGUGGCUAAAAUCAAACGGAACUUCAAUAAUACCAUGUCGAAUAACGGGAUGCAGUCCGAGAAAGAUGUGGUUGAACAAACUGCUCUUAAGGUAUCGUUAAAAUGCCCGAUAACGUUCAAGCGAAUUACGUUACCGGCGCGAGGGCAUGACUGCAAGCAUAUACAAUGUUUCGACCUCGAAUCGUAUUUACAACUUAAUUGUGAACGUGGUGCUUGGAGAUGUCCUGUUUGCACGAAACCAGCGCCACUAGAAGGCUUGGAAGUAGACCAGUAUAUGUGGAGUAUUCUAAACACAACGUCAAGUACCACAGUAGACUUAGAAGAAGUGACGAUAGACGCAGCCGCUAAAUGGAAGCCUUCGAAGCCAAACAACAUGGUGACGAUAAAAACCGAGGAGGACUUGGACUGUAAGCGGAUGAUCAAGGCGAUGUCACCGGGUAGCAUGAACAUGCCGACGAUGAUGAAUUACGAGAUGAAUCAGGCGAUGAGUCCGUACAUCCCUCCCGACAUGAACAGCAUCGUUAGCGGCUCCAUGAUGAAUAACACGCCACCUACUUACGUCAACAAUAACAUCAACCACAGGAACUCAUCUGGCGGGUCUUAUGACAUCAACUCUGGUACGCCUAACAGCAACAACGACUACUCCAAUGGUGCUGGUCCGUUGACUCAUCUUAAUGAUUCCGUUAAUUCGCUAGAUCAGCUCAAUGCCAUGGAGAAAUCUUUGACCGAUCAGAUGCCGCAUACACCUCAUACGCCCCACACACCGCACACUCCUCACACGCCAGGUGGUGGUAACAGUGGGCCACCCAGUGUACCCCCAGCUUCACAAGAAUCAACGGGUAACCUUAACACGUCGGGUAACAGCACGACGAAUAUCAAUGACAGCACGGAUAUACCCUCGGAUUUGAAUUUCGACCCCGCAGCUGUCAUUGAUGGUGAGGGAACUGGUCAAGAAGCAUUGAAUUUGUUGCCAGAUAAUGUAGUAGACCCAAUGGAAUUACUAUCGUAUCUGGAUCCACCGGAUCUCAAUACACCGCCGAGCAGCGGUGCAAGCAGUGGAAAUCCAUCCUCGAGCGACGACAUUCUUGCCCUCUUUGAGUAAAGUGCCGAGAAUCGAAAGGUUAUAACUUAUAACUAAACGGAUAUGUAUUAAUAUCCAUCGACGGGGAUUACGAUAGAGUCUACGUCAUCUCGAAGGUGCUGACACCUUAAAAACAAUGGUACAAACAAAUUUAGCUACUGACAUAGGGCAUAGUGUUUAAAUUGAUAGACAAUGGUUGUAUGAAACAUGUAAUCAUUGAAAUCGGAUACAUAGCGAGACAGUUAUGUUCUGUUAGAGCUAGUGCUUCUGUAUGAAAUUUUAUCCUUAAAGGACCAUUCAAACUGGAUUUGCGAUUUCUACUUUUAUGAUAAGCGAGGUUAGGUUCGGUCGAUUUUUAGUUGGAAAUUUUCUGUGAGUUUGUUUGAGAUUUUUAUCAAAAAGAAUGAAAUUUCUUCAUGAAAUAUUCUGUUCGUAUGCUUUGUACGAAAAUAAAAACAAAAAAAAACGUCAGAUGACGCUGAGUGACUUUUCGCUUUUUGUCACCGACCAUCUUGUUGAGGACGGCUUGGACGCACUAAACCACAGAAAAAUUCAGUUAUGCCUAAUCGAUACCCGAAAUAUGAUUCGACUGAUCGUAAAUCUGGAGUUUAAAUAAAUCUAAGGAAUAUUGUUAAUAAAAUAAGUAUAUUUCGGUCUUAAAUAACGGUCUAAUGACCUCUGUACAGUGCAUUAUAAUAAUUAUUAUUUAAAUUAAUUGAUAAAAUAUUUUAAAAUAAUUGGUAUUUUAUUUUUUUUAAGUGUAAAUAAGUAAUAAUUAUUGUUUAGGAUUAAAUAAUAAAUUUUGAAAAGGCUUUGGAUAGAACGCACAGAGUGUAGAAUAAUUUUUAAACAACACAAGGUUAUUUGUUGAUUAAUAAACAAAUUAUUAUUGAUUAUCAUAAUUGAUUGAUUAUUGAUUAAAACAGGGGGUUGGGGAUAUAAAUGCCAAAUUUGCCAUUUCUUUUUUGUUUUGAAGUAUUUAAAAGAGAACAAAUUUUUUUUUCUAAAUAAAGAGUAUUUUUUAAAAUAAUAAUAACUAGUUUUUUUUCCUGACAAAUGUCGCCGAAUGUAAAUAAUAAUAAUAACAUUUUUCUAUUUCGUUUCUGUAAAAGCAGCUGUGGAGUUAUUGACAUUUUUCCUUAUUUGAGGGUGGGUUUUACAUAUUUUUCAUUGUUUCACGAGAAGAUAUUUGUUUCUCUCUAUAUAAAUCUUCCAACAAAAGAAAAAUAAAAGCAAUUAUUAUUAAUUCGUAACUUGAAUUUGAAAAUUUAUACUCAAAAUUGAGAGAUUUAUUUAUUAAAAAAAACUUUUUGUUUUGAAACUAAAAGUAUGUAAAAUCUUGAGAACCUCAAAAAAAAAAAAUUAGCGAAUCCUAUAGGCAUAAAAAAAGAAAGAUAAAUAAAAAGAGUGCCUAUUGAGACUGCCAGAUAAAAAGAAGGACAAAAAUUGGAUGAAAAGGCCCAAAUUUUGACAUUAACUGCUUUUACGUUGGUAUUUAUUUGUGAUUGAUAACAGAUGUAAUAAGUGUAAUAGUUAUUGAGUAAACAGAAGAGAAAUACUUAAAGUGAUUCAUGUAGACUAUAAAAAAUUUUAUAAAUAUAAAUAUAUAAUAAAAAACAAAAUAUGUAUUUAUAUUAGUGCGUUUAUUGAACUAAAACGCACAAUACAGUAGAAAGGAUCUUUCUAUUUAAAAGAUAUAUUAUUUACUUAUAUUAUUAUAUGAAGAGAAUAAAUUGCGAUUAAAUUUUAUUAUAUAUAUUAAUAUUACUUAUUACAUAAUUAAAUAAAUGGAUAAUGUAUAUGAUAAGGCGAAUUAUUGUAUGAUAUUUGUACAUAUUGAUUAAAAAAUGAAAAAUACAAAAAAAAAUGAUGAAUAAAUGGUUAAUUGAUAAGGAGUUUAGAAGAAUAGAUUAAUAACAUAAGACACAAAGUGGCGGAUACUUAUUGGCCAGUUAUAAACAGUAAUAUUAAUUAAUUAUGAUAAUAAAUAAAUAAAACAAUAAUAAUAAUGAA